UCCGCGAUUGAGAUUAUACGCUGUCACCUUCUCCUGGAAGAUUUACUAGGUACUUACGGCCAUCUUAAGUUUCAUACCAAAAGUAAAACAAAGUGUGUAUGGUGACACCUAAUCGAUAAAAAAGCAUACAAGGUCAGAUUUUCUUCAUAAAUGCAGUGAUUUUUAUGUAUAUAUCAAAGCGUGAUCGUAGAAACUGACGACUAGACUCCGCCUGCAUUACACAUUACUAAUGGAGGAUCUCGUUUGUGUUGGCUGGCGAUGACGGGAACCAGGGAUUCCGACUGUACUUAUCGAGGCAAACCAUCGUGACAUAGUCUGCUGCUCGAUUUUCGCUCUUGGUGUCCAUGGAAGUUACCAAAAUCGACGGUAGAAUACGUUUUUGUGCUUUUGAGACCUAUGACGGCCUCCGUCGUCACUACAUCUGCGGUCACCACGAGUACUGCUGUGCCCUGGGAUGUUGUGUCUCCACAGCCUUCUCCUUCUAUCAGCUGUGGUAUUUCUG